CGUGGGCCCGUGGCCCGUUUGAAUCACACGCUUUACUGGCCGAAACCCUAACCCAGUUCACCUCGCAGAAGCCCAGGAGGAGGAGGAGGAGGGCGAGGACGAUCACCGGCGAUGUCGUCGAUCUACGUGUCGGAGCCGCCGACGAAGGGGAAGGUGGUGGUGAAGACGACGGUGGGCCCCCUCGACAUCGAGCUCUGGCCCAAAGAGGCCCCGAAGGCCGUUCGAAACUUCGUCCAGCUUUGCCUCGAGGGUCGCUACGAUCGCACCAUCUUCCAUCGUGUCAUCAAGUCGUUUCUCGUUCAGGGCGGCGAUCCCACUGGCUCCGGUACAGGUGGUGAAAGCAUUUAUGGGGAUGUUUUUGCUGAUGAAUUCCAUUCACGUCUAAGGUUUAACCACAGGGGUCUAGUUGCAUGUGCUAAUGCGGGGUCACCUCAUUCAAAUGGAAGUCAGUUCUUUAUAACGUUAGACAGAUGUGAUUGGCUAGAUCGGAAAAAUACAAUUUUUGGAAAGGUGACUGGCGAUUCCAUAUUUAACCUUUUAAGGCUGGGUGAUGUAGAGACAGAUAAUGAUGAUCGGCCACUGGAUCCACCACCGAAGAUACUUUCCGUCGAGGUUUUAUGGAAUCCUUUUGAUGACAUAGUCCCAAGGCGGGUGGCUGAGAAGCCUGUUUCUCAAACCACGAUUGAUGCCACCAAAAAGGAUCAGAAGCAGAAAGCUGUUAAGAAGUUGAGUGUGUUAUCCUUUGGAGAAGAAGUUGAAGAGGGUGAAAAAGAGGCAGCAACCAUGAAUGACAAAAUUAAGAGCAUUCAUGAUGUAUUAAAUGAUCCUCGCUUUAUUAAAGAAGAAGAACAAAAGAAUGAUUUGUUGGAUCCAGCAGAAGUUGAAAGAAGAAAGGACGUUCAGUUGUCCAUCAGAGAGGCUUUAAGCUCCAAAAAAGGGUGUUCUAGUAAGGAUCAAGAAGCUAAUUCUCUUGAUGCUUCUGAUCAUAGUGAUGAUGAUGACGGUGAUGAGGCGAAAUUUGAUGAACGCAUGCGAUUGCAAAUUCUAAGAAAGCGCAAAGAACUCGGUGAUAUUAAAAAUAAUGAAAAAUUUUCAAAAGGUAAUUUAUUUUCCUCAGAUAUCUCUAUGAUACAUUUGCUUGCCAAAUAA